CUUAUUUAUCCGGAUUGUGCUGUAGUGUUUGUUGAAGGAGCCGUUGUUUAUCGUUUAUUUUUUCUCGCGCAGGUGACGUACUCCAAACAUGGAUGCUGAACAGAGCAUGGAGGGGGGACAGAGCCAGGUUGCGGAAAAUCCCCAUUCUGAAUUUGGUCUCACAGAAAAUGUUGAGAGAAUAGUAGAAAAUGAAAAGGCAAGCACAGAAAAAGUAUCCAAGCAGAAAGUGGAUUUACAGGCUCUACCUACACGAGCAUAUCUUGACCAGACAGUGGUUCCAAUACUUCUACAAGGCCUUUCUGUGCUGGCAAAGGAAAGGCCUCCAAAUCCAAUAGAAUACCUAGCAGCUUAUCUGGUAAAAAACAAGACUCAGUUUGAAGAGCGAAGCUAAUGGACUGUUCUGAAGUCAAAGUAAACAGAUUACAAGAAAGAUGACGGUGCUUUUCAGAAACCUCAUACAUCGUCGAUGACCUUGAAUCAAAACUUCAAGUUUUGUACAACUUCCAUCAUAGUGGACUGAUUUUAUUUAACUUUUGACACUGUAUGUCUGUUGCAAACCUUUGGUCCAGUUGUAAGUGACCUUAGAAAAAUAAAAAUCUUUAACAAUAGGAAAUC